AGAAGAAAAAAAUUGGAGGCUAAGCUGGUGGACCAGAUUAGUGGACUCCACUCUGACCCAGAUCCUUCCUUCUCUCCCUCUGUCGGAUUAGGUGAAGUUUCAUGUGGAGAGAGACUUAAUAGCUGUCGUUUAGGCAAUCCAAGUCAAAGCCUUUUGCGGUACGCUUGUCGUCCUUUUUCAAUCCACUUCAAUUUCUAGCUAUUUCCCAGAAUUUCAUCCAAGGAUUCAUUCACUGUGUCUCGGAACUCGCUACGAUGGGUUGUACCGGAUCUUCUCGGGCCAAAGGGGAUGAGGCUGCUAAGAAAAUUCGGAAGCCAAAACCGUGGAAGCAUACCGAACCAAUUACAAAGACACAACUAAUGCGAAUGCGUGAUGAAUUUUGGGAUACCGCCCCUCACUAUGGUGGCCAGAAGGAGAUAUGGGAUGCCCUUCAAGCUGCUGCUGAAGCUGACUUAACCCUUGCACAAGCAAUUGUGGACAGUGCUGGUGUGAUCGUUCAGAGUGCUGACUUGACAAUCUGUUAUGAUGAGAGAGGUGCAAAAUAUGAAUUACCCAAGUAUGUUUUGAGUGAGCCAACCAAUUUAAUACAAGAUAGUUGACAAGAGGGCAAAGAAUACAGAACUUCAUUGAGACUGUAAAUUUUGUAUAUUGAUCCCAUGGUCCCUAGUGUUCUGAAUCUUGAUAGAGUUGAUGUUUUUCUCUAUUUAUUUUUCAACCCCAAAAAAUUGUUGUGUUAGGAGAAAUAAGAUACUAUAACUAAUUAAGUUUAAGAGGCUCUUAAGGAAAGGAUGCAAGGUAUCAGCACUUUCUUUUUUACCUUCGGCGGCAUGGCUUCAAGGUAGCCUUGCAAGGAGCUAUCAGCUGCAAGAGCGCAAUAGUUCAAAUGCUGAAGGACUUAUGUCUGAAUUCUUAGGGGCGACAACUCGUGUUCAUGUAUCAAGUUUGGGGGCAUAAGAAUAUUUAUGUCAAUUUUAACCCGACCCAUUUAAUUAAACGGGUUAGGCUUCUAAAUCCAAACUUGUUAAUUUUGUGUUGAGUUUGUGAGUCAUGUAAAAAAUUGUCAUUCUUAAAUGGCGUGUGUUGAGUCUA